AUGGCUCCACUCUUGACGAGCAUUGAUGAACUUCCGACAGCCAUCCUCUCCGACAUCCUCUCCCGAGUCUCGGGCGAGUCGCUGCUGCCAUACCGGUGCGUCUGCAAGCACUGGCGAGAAGCCAUUGAUGAUUCCUACUUCAGCAACCCUAUCCACUGCUCGAAAGAACGAGCGGUUCUAUUCCAUGAGUAUGAUGAAGAGGAGAUCCAUCUCCUGAAGAUACACGGGGAAGCGGCGGCGCAGAUGAUCAAGAUAGGUAAAUUCCCGGUACCGAGAGGCUAUGCAAUCCAAGGCUCCUGCAAUGGCUUGCUCUUUUUCAGGCACAGGACCGAUGUCAAGAACAAUGGCGAGCUCCUGAUUAAUCCCAUUACAAAAGAUUUCCUGAGAUUGCCAAGAGCACCCGAUCUUCCGCCAGACGUGUCUGUUUAUGGGUUGGGGUUCGAUCGCUCUACCAACAUGUACAAGAUGGUACAGAUCAAUGCAAACGGCUUUGAUUACAGGACUCGCACCUGCACGUUGGGGGCUCGAGUCUACGAUUUCCACAAGCGAUCGUGGAGGACCUGCAAAGCCCCGCCGCUUCCUCACAGCGCUGGUCCUUCACGUAACUUCGUCUUUGCUUCGGGAGCUUUGAACUGGUUUCUGAAGAGCUACUCGUUGUCGGACGGCCCCUUGGCGAGGGCGAUGCUCUCUUUCGACCUUAUCAAGGAGGAAUUCAGCUUGAUCCCGAUCCCGGAUGUUUUCUUCGAAUGCGGCGACUUCAAUCUGGGGACGCGAAUGCACGAGCUGGGGGGAUCGCUGGCGCUUGUCCAUCGUCUUGGGAACAGGGACAUCGACCUGUGGGUGCUCCAGGACUCCACGAGAAGAGAGUGGACCAGGAAAUACAGCAUGGGGCUCCCGUGGGCGGUCAAGGGCAACUAUUUCACCGUGGUAGGCGCGUACAAACGCGACGAGCUGAUCCUCCGCUGCGACGGAGACAUGUACUUGUACGAUGUGAACGAGGAUAGAUUCACGAAGUGUUGGACCGGCGCACGUGGUUGUUAUGCGCAUUUCAGAUGUGAGCCCCUAAGCCUUGUUCCUCUCGAGCGACUUGGUGACGCCGCCAGACUCUAA